UCGGAAAAGCAAAACAAAAAUUGCACCCAAAAUUGGCGCCUUUUGAUUUAUUUAAAUUCCGAUUCAGCAAAAAUACAAAACAAAUUAGAAAACCAAGCAAAAUAAAAAUAUGAGUUCAAAAAAGCGUUCGCUCCUCAAGAAAUUCCCCUGUCGUGAAAGUGUUAUCCAAUCCCUCUUCGAGCUCCUCGAUGAUCCCACAGAAACAUUUCCUCCAUCAAUUUAUCUCUAUGGCCAUUCAGGCACCGGCAAAACCUCAAUUCUAACCAAGUUCCUCAAGCAUACCAACUCCAAAACAGUCAUCCUCGACUGCAUUGAAUGUUAUACAAGUAGAAUUCUCUACGAGAGUAUUUUAAAUAAACUCCAUUCACAUCGCUUGCGGAAGGAAGACAAUUUCGCUCCCUACAUGAAAUGCGAGACUCUCAAAGACUUUAUAAGUGAUCUCCAACAAACUGGCAGCGAUAAUGAAGUGGAUGACGAUGAUGAGGAAACAUCUUAUAUAAUCUGUCUGGACAAUGCAGAGCGAGUGAGGGAUAUGGAUGCAAAUAUUUUGCCAGCUUUUAUGCGUCUACCCGAAUUGACGGGCUUGAAUAUUUGUUGUAUUCUUGUGUCGCAGUUGCCCUUCGAGAAGUACUACACCAAAGGAGGACUGCCAGAUCAAAUAUCGAUCUACUGCCCACAAUAUAGUAAAAACGAAGUACAAAAGAUCCUAACCGAGGACUUUGAAAGAGUUCGUGAGAGACUACUGCGUCGUCUGAGAAAAGAUCCUCCAAUGAAAUUGGCAGUGGACAUUGAACGAGCUGAAGAAAUUAUCUCUGAACUUACGUCGGAUUUCUAUGGGAAUUUCUUAAAUGUUUUCCUAUCGGUCUUCUAUAAGGCUUGUAGAGAUUUGCCAGAGUUAAAAGUUGUCUCAACGGAUUGUUUUGAUAUUUAUGUCGAACCGGUGCUGAAUGGAACGAUUGAUAAGAAUGACGUGUCCCGUCUUUGGCGUCAUAUAACAAAUCCCCUCAAGACGGCACUGUCACAGGUCUACAUGAGAAUGGAUCAGGAACUGGAGAUACGUACCGAUGAGACUUUUGUGACUAAUCAGAGCGUCAAGAAACUAGCGCAGUCUUUGGAGCUCCCUUACUAUGGAAAGUACCUUCUAAUCGCUGCAUUCCUUGCGAGUCACAAUUCAGCAAAAGAGGACAAGAGAUUGUUCGUCAAACACCAUGGGAAACAAAGAAAACGAAUGCAAGCUGUCAACGCCAAAGCAAAGGUCACUGAAAAAAUGUCCACCUCCUUGGGACCAAAAUCCUUCAGCAUCGAUAGAUUGCUCGCUAUUUUCUAUGCGAUUCUUGAUGAAAAAGUCGGACUUACCUGCAAUCUCCUUGCCCAGAUCUCAACUUUGGUUCACUUGAAGCUCCUGAGUUAUGUCUCGGGGGAGAAUAAUGUUGUCGAAGGUUCUGCUAAACUACAAUGCACAGUUGGGCUAGAGUUCAUUUUGUACAUUGGAAAAGUUGUAGGUUUCAAUGUGCGACAAUAUCUUUGUGAUUUUAUGUAAAUUAAUUUCUUAUUUUAAUUUAUUACACUUUUGUAUUGUUUUUAUUGAAUAAAGUACAAAGUUUCCCAGC